UCCUGUCGAGCAUCACCUCCAACGAGCUGGCCAAGCACUGCAGGAGGAGGACACGUGGAGUUCAAGAAACUUGUGACCUGAUCCAAGGACUGCUGGACUCCAUGUGGGAACUGACCGACACCACUGGUUUGCGCCUCAUCAAUCCAGAGAGCAUGUCACACGUGUGGGAGGUACAGCAGAAACACUUACCUUGCAUCCAAGAUCCACCCGGUGUUCAGCUGUACACAAAACUGGGCUCCGGUUUACAGAAGGGUGACAAGGUUCUGGAUGUGCUGAGGUGUGGCAGAGGGUCCUCCUCCCUGGAAAGCUUCCAUCGCCACCAGUGCACUUUUAUUCCAGGGUGGAGAUGUAAUGCACUUCAUACACAGAUGUACAUGCUUGAGGGGGCAUCUAGGUGGAACAUCAACCGAGCUCAUCAAGCUGUGGACAUGAGUGGUACAUCACAAACAAAAAUGUAUAAUGUACGUUUAAUGUCCCAGAUGAAUGUCCUCAGCAACAAAGUCCUUGGAUGUCCACUCCUGCCAGAAUUCAAACCUCCUGGGAGACCCACCGAUGAACGUAUAGCUGUGGAGUAUUUGCUGGCCCAGUCUAACAGAGGAGACCUGCUUUCUCCACUGGAGCAACGUGAAAUCCCCUUGCCAGAGUUGCAGGUUGAAGUUCAGGAGGAUGAGUGUCUGGAUGUCACAAUAUGUGAUGCAGCAGACAUUGAUUUAGACACACCCACCCUUGGAAUUUCCAGCAGUCAUGGUGAUUCAUUGAUCUCACCUCUGUUGGCCAAGACGAUGUGGUGCCUCCAGUUGCCUGAUGGUUUCGGCAGCAGCAUCAGCAUCUAG